AUGGACAAAAUCAAAGCCGCUUUCAACAGAGGGAAGAACAGCCAGCAGGCUCCUUCAGGGCACGGAACCCCGGUAAAUAACGCAGCUCGCCGACCGAACAACAACGACGGUCCAGUUGCGGGUCGUCCACGAACUCCUUCAUUCACGGAGAGCAGUCGGCGGUCACGGCAUGAAAUUAGCCCGAAGCAGCAGCAGCGGCAGCCAGAACAACAGAAGCCUCUGCCACCACAACCGCAACCACAACCACGUCCGCAGCAGCAGUACCGAUCGGGAGAGUCGGAAGGUAGGAGGUCCGCUGUGGUGACAACGAAGCGGAGCGUUGUGUCAAUGCGAGACCGACCGAACACGGUUGUUGGAACGCCUCGACGAACCCCUUCAACGGAUGGACGCCAGGGUUCCGUCGCAACAAAGUCUCCGGCCGAACCCAAGCAGCAGCAGCCACCCCCGCCCAUCCCAAUCCGUGUCCCCUUCCUCAUCUUCUUCGUUCGCUUCUUCACAUUCGCACCACUCGAACUCGUCAUCGUCUUCGCCAAACUCGUCACGGAUAAUACGGAGCACGUCGUCUGA